CGUAGUGCAGCGGCGCAUGAAACGCCCCAAUAUACCUAAUUCUCACAAUUUGGAGCACCGCGGUCCAGUGUACGCCCGCGCCCGCCCAUCGUUAUGGCUCAAAGUGCGUUAUUUAUUUAUUUUUAUCAACAACCUGAUCUUCCGCGCGUCUCACCUUAGUAUCAAUAUAGACAGCGGUUAGAAGACACGACCACUUUACCACGAUUGACAAACCGGUCAAUGCGUUUAACAUUUCGCGAGCCCUUGUACCACAUGGAUUUCGGUUGCUACGACAAGGACUCGGGGGAAGUGGAGUGCUACCUCGAAAUACGUAAAUACAUUUUCACUAAACGCUAUCAACGGUGAUUUAUAGCUUUCUUAUUGUUGUGGAACAUCGCAUUGUAAUUGAUAUUUUUAGUUGGAAUCAGUGUAGUUUUUGGGUCGUGUAAACAGCUGGACUCUUCUGACAGUAAGUUACACCGUAUGUCAGCGCAGUCCGUGAUUGUUAGUCGAGUAAAACGCUAUUAUUGCGAAUUUAUUGCUCCUCCCUCCGAUAUAACAAUAACAUAAUAACACAGUAAGGUACGGUGAGCUCUCAAAAUGCGCACGGAGCUAAGAACGAUAAGCACUAGGCGUGACAACGUGCCCAGUCAUUGCGAUACGGGUACUUCUUGCGCUAUCACGAUACAAAUGCCGAAUCCAGAGGCAGUGGGAUGUAUAGAACGGUUCGCAACGUUUUUAUCGUUCCUGCUCGUGAUCAUCACCUUCCCGUUUUCACUGUUCGAGUGUUUCAAGGUGGUACAAGAAUUCGAAAGAGCAGUAAUAUUUCGGCUAGGUCGGCUAAGAAAGGGAGGUGCAAGAGGGCCUGGUUUGUUCUUCGUACUACCAUGUAUUGACACUUAUAGGAAAGUAGACCUGCGUACUGUGUCUUUUGAUGUCCCUCCCCAAGAGGUCCUGACGCGAGAUUCAGUAACAGUAGCUGUGGAUGCCGUCGUCUACUACCGCAUCAAGGAACCUCUGAAUGCAGUCGUUCGAGUUGCUGACUACAGUGCAUCAACGCGUCUGCUAGCUGCAACCACACUUCGCAAUGUACUUGGCAUGCGGGACUUGGCGCAGCUGCUAUCCGACAGAGAAGCUAUAAGUCACAUGAUGCAAGCCAGCCUUGAUGAAGCCACUGAUCCUUGGGGAGUUGAAGUGGAGAGGGUCGAAAUAAAAGACGUGCGAUUGCCUGUGCAACUACAAAGAGCAAUGGCUGCCGAAGCUGAGGCAGAUCGUGAAGCAAGAGCCAAGAUUAUAGCAGCAGAAGGAGAAAUCAAAGCGUCGAAAGCUUUAAAAGAAGCCUCUCUUGUUAUGAUUGAUAACCCCAUGGCGUUACAGUUGCGGUACCUCCAGUCCCUCAGUUCGAUAUCAGCUGAAAAGAAUUCGACUAUCAUAUUUCCCUUUCCGAUGGAUUUCCUAAAGACAUUCCUGGGAGGCCCUGGACCAAGUUCACAACAACAAAUCAACUUGUAGGCAAUACAUUGGUUGCAGUAAUUUAAAGUACCUAAUUCUAGUCAAAUUGUAAUUAAAUAAUUAAGUGCAUA